UUUGGUCCAAGUUGGAAAUUGAAUGCAGACAGAGGACGAGUGAGUUUUGCCGCGCGGGAAGAAAAAUGAUGACAAUCAAAAUCAAUCCUCAAAAUCAAAACAUGUGCAAAUAUCUCCACACGCGCCUUAACUAUCCCCACAACAACCCACCCGCGCUACUCCUCCGCUUCUUCCUACUCUCCACACUAGUAGCGCCGCUCGCGCAACCUCCAAACCCGCGCACCACCACCACCGUCCCCCAGAUCCAUCGCCGCCGCCGAGCCAUGUCGAAGGCGCGUGUCUACACCGAUGUCAACGUUCUUCGCCCCAAGGAGUACUGGGACUACGAGUCUCUCGCCAUUCAAUGGGGUGAACAAGAUAAUUAUGAGGUUGUGAGGAAAGUGGGAAGGGGGAAGUACAGUGAGGUUUUCGAAGGCGUAAAUGUUAAUACCAAUGAGCCCUGUGUAAUGAAGAUUCUCAAGCCUGUGAAGAAAAAGAAGAUUAAAAGAGAGAUAAAAAUACUUCAGAACCUCUGUGGAGGACCAAAUAUUGUCAAGCUUCUUGAUAUUGUCAGAGAUCAACACUCUAAAACUCCAAGCUUAAUAUUUGAGCAUGUCAACAGUACAGAUUUUAAAGUUCUGUAUCCGACUUUGGCUGAUUGUGACAUACGCUAUUACAUAUAUCAGCUUCUGAAGGCUUUAGAUUACUGCCAUUCUCAAGGCAUAAUGCACAGAGAUGUCAAGCCUCAUAAUGUAAUGAUCGAUCAUGAAUUUCAUAAACUUCGCUUGAUAGAUUGGGGUCUUGCUGAAUUUUAUCAUCCUGGAAAGGAAUAUAAUGUUCGUGUGGCUUCAAGACACUUUAAGGGCCCUGAACUUCUAGUAGAUUUGCAAGACUAUGACUACUCAUUAGACAUGUGGAGCCUGGGUUGCAUGUUUGCUGGAAUGAUAUUUCGCAAGGAACCUUUCUUUUGUGGUCAGGACAACAACGAUCAGCUUGUAAAAAUAGCUAAGGUGCUUGGGACUGAUGAAUUGAAUGCAUAUCUGAAUAAGUAUCAUCUUGUGAUUGACCCUGAACUUGAUGCUCUACUUGGAAGUCACAGUCGCAAGCCUUGGACUAAAUUUAUCAAUUCCCAUAAUCAGCAUCUUGUGUCUCCAGAGGCAAUCGAUUUUCUUGAUAAGCUUCUUCGAUAUGACCACCAGGACAGGCUAACGGCAAGAGAAGCAAUGGAACAUCCAUAUUUCUCUCUGGUUAGGGCAGCAGAAAAUAGCUCUAUGAGAACACAGUAACUUCAUAUGUGGAAUCAUAAACCCGAAUUCAUAUAUGUGGGACUGUUUUCUAAUACCCUAACAGGCGGUAUGGUUGGUUGCCUUAGUUAUAGCCGGUUAGUUUUCUUGUGGAUUAUAUAUCAAUUUCAUUAUCUUUGUUCAGUUGAAUAAUUUGUUAACAUGUCGUUGAAAAUUAAAAUUAUGUCUUAAAAUUAUAAGGGCGUGAUUGGUUUUGUUUAAAUUUUAGUAUUUCUCAAAUUUUUCUUGCACAAGAUGCUGAUUAUAAAUUAUUUUAAAUACAAGAUUAA